GAGCGAUACAACACCUCUUGCGCCUACCACCUCUCACGUACUCACCUAACCCACCAUGUCUGUCUUCUACUACGAGCCCUUCUACGACAUUGAGCGCAUCAUCGACGACGCUUUCGGCGCUCGCUCGCCCCGCUCCCCGGCUGCUGACCCUCAGCGCCAGGCCGCGCAGCGCAGUAUUGCGAACACCACCAACGAGGCCCCGCGCGCCUUGAAGCCUAGGAUGGACCUCCACGAGGACGCCGGUCAGAACAUCGUGACCGCCACCUUCGAGUUCCCGGGCGUCAAGAAGGAGGACGUGCAACUCGAGUUCCACAACGGGCGCCUGACGGUGUCGGCGGAGAACAAGAUCUCGGAGGAGCACAGCGAGAAUGGGUACGCUGUCCGCGAGCGCCGCUAUGGCAAGUGGUCGCGAACGCUGCAGUUGCCGACGGGGACGAGGGACGAGGACAUCAAGGCCUCGAUGCAGGAUGGCAUCCUCACCGUGACGUUCCCGAAGACGUCCCCAGAGGCCGCGCAGAAGAAGAUUGCCGUCAACUGAGUUGUUGGAUUGUCGAGCACGGACCUGCAUGAAAUUUGCAUUGUAGCAUAGCAUACCCAAUCAGAAGGAUUACGAUGUCCAACUCUCUGCUUAGUCUGGUGUUCUAAGUUCCGUGUUGAUUAUAUUCCGUUUGCAGUGAACGAGACACACAUACCGAAGCGUAUACUCAACACCUGGUCUCCCCUACACGACCUCUCCUCCUGCCACCUU